GAGGGAAGAAGGCUGAAAAAGAAAAGGAAAUAAAGGAAAGUGCAGAAGAAACCGUAGUUGCUGAAACCAGUAAUGCUGUUGAAACAAAAUCUGAAGUUGUAAAGACCGAGACGACUAUCGAAAAGAUCGAUAAGACUGAAAAAGUCGAAGCAAGUCCUACAGUUCAAAAAUUUUCGUUUAAAAAAUUAUUUAUCAGAUCUUCCUCUGAACCUAAAAUUGAAGCUGCAGAACAGACUGUAGUUGAAAAUGCUGAGAUUAUUACUGAGGAAACAGCCGAAGGAACUACGAAAGUUGCUGAAGAAAUAACGAAAGUUAUCGAAGAAACAACAGUAACCGAAGCUACUACAGUAACCGAAGCUACCGAAGAAGCCACCGAAAAAAUAACAGACGUAAUUGAAAGUCCUGACGAGGAGGCUGACAAAGUUGACCCAAAACCGGAAAGUUCUAACCCAAAGAAAGCUACCGCUGGAAUAUUUCGCAGAGUCACUCAAGUAUUUAAGAGAACCGUAGUAGAUGAUAGUGGGCCAACUAGAGACGUAUCGGAAACAGCGGCGGGAAGUUCCACCGAGAAGAAGGAAGAAACCGUUGAUUCUAAUAAGGAAGUCUCUAAGAAAAGGUUAAGUAAACAAACACAACCGGUGCAACCUGAAGAAGUAGAACCCGAAACACAACCUACGACGACGACCAUUGAAUCAGCCGCCGAUGCAACAGAUAAUCAGGAAUCCGAGAAUUUAGUAUUAAAAAAGAUAGAAUCUCCCCGCAAGUACGGUCAACUGGAUAAGUUAACCAAGCGAAAGAUGAAUUUGAGGAAGACAUAUAAACCAAAAUACUUUGUAUUCACCCAAGAAGGAACUAUAAACUACUACACGAGCGAAAAGGAUGAAUCGGAACCCAAAAAAAUUCCGAUUACUCAUGAUGUUAAGAUCACCAAGGUUGAAGAUAAACCAACCGAAUUUGAAAUUGAUACCAAAUCAAAAGGCUACAGACUCAUUGCUCCAAAUGAGACUGAACGAGAUGAAUGGAUCACCGUACUCGAAGACUAUAGAAAAUCACUUCCGGUGACGGAUUCAUCGUCUUCUAAGGCAGCGGAAAAGAAGGUUGAAGAAGUUCAAACCGAGGUGACAGAGACAAGGGAAAUAGUAACCGAGAAAAUGGAAGAAAUCGUCGGGGAAACUGUGGUGAAAACUGAGGUAGAGAUAACCGAAGUGAAAUCCGAAGUGAAGUCCGAGGAGAAAAUCGUAGAGAAAACCGAGGAGAAAACCGUAGUGAUAACCGAGGAGAAAUCCGUGAAGGAAAUUGAGGAGAAAUCCGCGGAGACAGUCGAGGAAAAACCCACAGAGGUAAUUGAAGAGAAGACUACCGUCGAAACCUCAACUACCUCCGAUGAAAAAUAA